AUGUGCAAAAAUGAAAGUAAAAAAUGUUACGGAGAUGAAGAAGGCAACGAAAAACUUACAAGUCCAAUGAUAUUUUUUUCAUAUGGAAUGCUGCUCACAGUAAUCGGCAUUGUGGGUUUAAUUGGAAAUGGUUUAGUUCUCAUCGUAUUUACCAGAUUUAGGAGAUUAAAGGGUCCGUUUUCGACAUUCGUAUUAAACUUGGCCACUGCCGAUUUUGCUACUUCGAUUUUGCAUUUCAUGUCAGCUGUGUCUUCAUUCAAACAUGAAUGGAUCUUUGACGAAAUCGGGUGCACAAUAUAUGCUUUCGGAGUGGGACAGUUUGGUUUGGUGUCCAUUGUCACUCUUUCCACCAUAGCGAUUGAAAGGUACCUAGUGAUCACUGCGAAACCAGUGUCGGGGUCUUGGAAGUUAACACGACAAGGUGCAACGAAAGUGUGUGCUUUUGUAUGGAUAUACUGUUUAUCAAUAACAUUGCCACCGAUUUUCGGUUGGUCAAAGUAUGUAUUGGAAGGAUUCGAAACAUCAUGCUCGUGGGACUAUACGACCAGAACCGUCUCAAAUCGGUUAUUUUACAUCUACAUGUUGGUGCUCGGAUUUAUAUUGCCGGUCUCCAUCAUUACAUAUUGCUAUAUAUUUAUUAUUGUGUCAAUACUCGACCACAAUAAAGAAAUGGCCGAUUGUAACACCAACGCAGGACCGUUGGGCGCAGAGAGUUGGGAUUACAGAUUAGCUUUAAAUGUCGCCAGACGAGGUCAAGCAGUACCUAUUCGAUCUGCCCUGAGAACGUCAUAUAUAAUCUUAAUCCUCAUUGGAUUGUUUAUAGCGUCUUGGACACCGUAUGCUGUAGUCACGUUUGUUGGUCAAUUUGGAAGCCAGACAAAGAUAGAGCCGUGGAUUUCUGCUCUUCCAGCCAUAUGCGCUAAGGCGUCUGUGGUGUACAAUCCCAUAGUAUACGGCCUCUCUCAUCCUCAUUUCCGGUCAUCAAUCCGGAACUACAUAUCAGGCUGUACGACGGUGGGCCACAGCCACACGGAGCUCUGCACCCCGGGACGUAACCAGAGGUUAGCGACGAACAAGAGCCUGAACCGAUUCGCUUUGCUCACCGGACAGGACCGGAAUCGAGCGAACGUCGUCGAACUGAAAUGCGUACGUCACCGGAGGGUGCCGCCGGACUCUAAUUCGAUUUGCAUGGACUACUACAGCGAACCCGACUGCCGGAGCCUGACGCUGACGAUGGAACCGAACCGGGGCUCGGCGAUCAUCAAAAUCGACAAAGUGCCAUUCAAAGUCGUCGUGUCCACUAUCAGAAGUAAAAGCGUCAACGGCAAAAUAAACACGAUAACUGACAAAACAGAUUGUUCCGAAGAAUCAAACGAAGAAUCAAAUGAAAAUCAAAAUGAAGAAGUGAAAAAAACCAGUAUAUCUGAUCAGUUUGUAUUCGAUUUUUAA